AUGUGUGCUCAGGUGCAGAUCCAAGACCGAGCUGCCACGCCGGUUAUCUCCAUUAUCUACUGGUCACGACAAGCCAUCGUGCCUGCAGGCAAGCUCAAGGCAUGGCUGGAGAUGCACGACGUCGCGUCUGUGCGCCUCCCUUCCAGCGCGCUCUUCAGCAAGCACCACCACGGCUCAUCCACCACCCAUGAGGCAGACAUCGCGUUACUGGAGCUCAUACAGAUGGCAAGAGCAAUCAUCAUCCUGGACAUACACGAGCCCGUGGGUCCAGACAACAAUGCGGCAUCCUCACGUGCAGGGAGGGCACACAUGUGGAACAGCCACAGCACCGCAGCCGUCCUUCGCUCCAUCAUCACUACAAAGAAGCCGUGCAUCGUUGUCAACUUGUGGACGGCCAUGGCGAGCCCGCCAGGCAGCAAUGUCGCACCAUCAAGCAGCAGCAGCAGCAUCCGCCUUCCUGCCGGGCUCGAGGCGAUAGCAACGGUGCACUGGCACAUGGGUACGGCCGAGUGCAGCGACAGGCCACCGCAAAAGCUCAUCCUGGCCCUCAUGCACGUGCUGGGCAAGGAUACGUCGCUUGUUUCCCACCGCAGCAGUCGGUCGCCAAGUCUGGGCCACCGUUCGCCGCGCCGCACCGUCAGCGAUCCGAGGGGCAUGCGCCAGCGGCCCCGCACCCUCUCACCAGCAGCGCAGAGCACGGGCACGCUGCCACGUAUCCACACGCGGUCUGAGGACACACGCUUCCCACAUGAGCACCAAGGCCUUCGCCGAUCUCAACACGGGCAUGGCGACACGCAUGACGCCAACAGCGCCGGCAACCACAACGGCAAAGCAACCCCCAGUUACGACUGCUCCGCCCGAACCGCGCCGCCCACAGCUGCCAAAGCCACAGGCAGCGAGGCUGUUCCCCUCUGUCCCUCCGCCGAACAGCAAGCCACGCCGCACAAACACGUCCACGACUGGCACGUUUGCAGGAAUCAGCAUUCACACCAGCAGCAUCAGCAACACCAGCAGCACAAGCAGUCUUGGCACGAACAAUACCAGCCAUCUUCCCAGGACGCACGGUCUGCGAAAGCAGCGCCUGAACGGGCUCUGCACCUCCAGCAUCACCCACGCUUCAUCGUCACCACUGCUGUCAGCACCGUCGUCCCCAUCGCCAUCGCCAGCGACCAUACCACCAUCACUGGCGCAAUCCAGCAGCAGCAGCAGCAGCAGCAGCAGCCGCGGUUUCCCGAGUGCCCUUCAUUGGCAUCACAGCUGCAUGAUGGCAUGCCAAUCAGAACAGUGCUGCGCGCCAUGGCCGAGCGCUCAUCCGACGUGCAUAUCCAGCGCCGUGGGUGCGACCUGGUGCUGAGUGCCACCCGACGGGCCACGGCCGCACACGCUAGCUUCCAGAGCGCCAUCAACGAGCUUGCAGCGAACCACCAACAGGUUGCACAUGGCGGCGGAAGCGCCGCUUCGGACACAUCGGCACACGCACGUGCUGCCGUGCCACUAAUUGGCGAACAUGAGUGUGGGUGCGACAUGCAGAUGCAAGGGCCGUCGUCCUCAUGCGGGUACCGCGAGCUGAUCGACGGGGGUGCAAUUGCGGCGCUCUGCACAGCAAUGCAAGCGCACCCGGGCGACAUGGCUGUGCAAACACACGCACUCGAGGGCAUGGCAGCGCUGGCUGCGGUGGGAGGCGCACGCCACUCGAUUGUGCGCCGGAACGGCAUCGAGUUGGCACUGAGCGCACUGAGCACACACGACAGCCUGGAUGACGACGGCGGCCUCGUGACUGCAGUGGCCGUGUUCAUCGAGCAGCUCACAUGCAGCAGCCACGUCAUCCGCAGGCACGUGGCGACGAAAGGUGGCGUCCAAGCACUGCUGGGUGCGUUUGUCCGACACCAGAACAACACGUGCGCUACGGCGGCUGUGCUGCGUGCCUUGUUCAACCUCUCCUUUGAUGCGGCUGCCCGCGUGCGCAUGUUGUCCAUGCACUUGGGCGAUGCCGUGCAGAGCCUGCUUGUCCGCCAACGCCAGGCGAUGAGAGUGUCCUCGACAUGUCGCCAGCUCCUCCGCCCAGCCGCAGUCAACCUACUGCGCCGCCUUGUCCUACCUUGCCCGCUCUCGCUGGCCUUCCCUUUGCACCAUGACAAGCACAAGGCCGAGGAAGAACAAGGAGACCACUGAUUCAUGUGUGUUGUGGUGUGUGUGUUGUUGUUGUGUGUGUGCGUAUGUAUGUGUGUGUGUGUGUUGUUGUUGUUGUGUGUGUGUGUGUGUGUGUGUGUGUAGGUGUGU